AUGUUUAAAGAGUACGUUCAAGUUUUGUUCCUGUUUGUGUUUGUUAUUUCUUUUAAAAAUGCUGAUUCUAUCCAAUGCUACGAGUGCUCGAGCAAGAAUAAUUCGAUGUGCUUAGACCCCUCUAUCUACGACCAGGAGACGCUGCGCAACUUUCUGCCGUUCACAACGUGUGGCCGCGGAGUUUAUACCAACAACAAUCAAGACUUCUUCUGCAGGAAGAUCAUUCAGACCAUUCUUCACAAACAUUAUGAGCCCGAGAUCCGAGUGACGCGCACGUGUGGCUGGGUACGACAUCACCGGGAUUGUUACAAGGCGGAUAAUGAAGACCAUCUCGAGACAGUCUGUCAAUGUUUUUCCGACCACUGUAAUGCUGGAGCUAAAAUAAGUGGAGCUAUGACUCUGGUAGCGUUGGUCACUUUAAAGGCGUACUUUUAA